UUUCAACCUGCUUGGCCAAAAGUCAUGGACGCGCAAACAUGCUGCGGUGUUUGCUCUCUCACUGGGUCCAAUGCGAGUUAAAAAGCAGGGACUAUUGGUAGGUUAAGAUCUUGCACCUACAUUUGGACUCUGAAGCAGUGUGGACCCUCACGCUGUCACAUACCUGAGCGUCCAGUCGUGACCUCCUCUGACCCUUUGGGAGAAUGGCCUCAAGACAAGGAGACAUGCCAGCGCUGGAAUCUGGGUCGUCGUCUGGAUUCUUCGACGCACCGCCGUCUCCCAUUGGAAGGAGCCGACACAACAUGAGCUACGACGUGCACAUGGAUAGUCCCAUGCACUCGCCCCCUCCUGACUUGACCGGCAACAUCUUCUGGGGAGACCCUGUCAUCCCACAGCACAGAUUUAGGAAGACUACAGAGGAAGGGGAGACCGCUGGAAAGAUGAUGACUUUGAGGGUAUUGGAGCCAGCUAAGUCCCCUGUCUCCGUGGUGAAAGCCAAGGCAAGCUCUAUGAUGAGCUCCCUCACCAACAAGCGGACCCAAGAGAGCCUCCAGAGGUUUGAGCACCAGGCAGGUCUGACUGACACUGGCUAUACGCCGCACAAGGGCCUCUCUGCUGAGGAGACACACUUUCACCGUCUGGCUGCUGACAACACACAACGUAAGCUGAGAAUGUCAAUCGGGGACUUGAAGGACGACAGGCUUACAACAUCGGCACAAUCCACCCCAAGUGGCACCCCCGGCGUCACUCCCUCGGUCACCCCCUCUGUCACGCCAUCUGUCACCCCCUGCGUCAGUCCCCUUGCAUCACCUGCUGUGGUUCGCAGGAGCUGGUUCCAGCGGAGUCCUGCACCUUUCCUCGCCCCGCUCGAGAGUAACUGUCCCAACUACACAUCAGACAUGGGAGGAAACCAGGGAGGAGAGGACAGGUGGAGCUUUUUUGGAACUCGCCCUGUGGUACAGAAGUCCCCCACUCACCCAGGGUCUGACACUGGCACAGGCUUUUCACUACAGUCCUACUUUGGCUUGCACAAGUCCUCCACCAUUGCAGGCACCGGCCCCCACGACACCCUGAAAGUGGGGGACACCACAAGCUUCAUGCCCCCCAAGAUUGAAAUUUCCGGCAUGGACGCCAGUCAGGCGGCCCAGCGGCCACACAAACUCAAACCCCGGGACAUGAACGUCUUAACACCUUCAAGUUUCUGACCACACGCAAUCUCGCAGCUAGUCUGCUCUGUAGACUAGCCACCUUUACCUAUCCUUAAGUGCUGGAUAUACACUCUUACUUACUUCCAGUUGUUUCAAACCUCUUCCAUUUCAGAGCUCCAAAUAUGUGGAAAAUGUUUUGUUCAUUGCAAAAAAUGUAUGAUGCAUAUUAUUUGAGUAACUGCCGCACAAUGUUCAGUUAUUAUUACUCCUGGAAUUAGACGCAAGUUGUCUUGGUCCGCUCACUGCUCCAGCUUUUCUUGUUCUAGCACAUCUUCUCAAAUCAUUUGUUGUAUUUUGCUAAGACACCACAGACUUGUAGUUAUGUUAGCAUGAAGACUGGUACAGUGUAGUGUUAUGUUGCACAAUGAACAUGCUGCUUUUUUGUCAUGACUGCUUACCCCGAACAAAUAUUUGUAUUAAGCCCAUUGUAAUCUUGACAUUUCUCAUUUAUGUUUAAAAUGUUACGUUGCUUUUUUUGUAUAGGCUCACAAUACACUUCAAUAUGACAGUCAAAAGUAUCGCAGUGGUUGUGUUUUUUUCAAAUGUGUAUUUUUCCCUGAAACUAUUUGGAGGUUUCUGUUUGUGUAAAUGCACACGGGAUGCCUUCCCACUCGCACGUGUAAAUAAAUACACAUCCAAACAUA